AUGGAAGACGCGAGUGCAUGACGAGGAAGAAGAAGAAGAACGCGGUCAAGGCGCCAUGAAGCGGGGGUCGGCACGCUCCAUCUGCAAAGGAACCUGCGCUCACCUCUAAAGGACCUGUCAGUCAGAACUACCCCCUGGUUUUGCUACAAUGACAGUGCAGGAGCUACAGGCUGGAGAUGCCAAGAAAGAAGACCCGAAAGAAGCAGCCGCUGGUGCACUCGGCGAAGCCGAAGAAGAACCCGAACGAGGUCGGUUUGCGAACAGAACAGAAUCCGUCCUGUACGCCAUUGGAAUGGCCGUAGGGAUUGGAGACGUAUGGAGAUUCCCUAUACUGGCCUAUCAGAAUGGAGGAGGUGCAUUCUUCGCGGCAUACCUGCUCAUCAUCGUGGUGAUGGGAGUUCCUUUAUUCAUCAUGGAAAUCUCUUUUGGACAGUUUGCCACUGCUGGACCAAUUGUUGUUUGGAAUUGUCUGCCAGUAGCACGUGGUAUCGGUGUGGGCAUGGUGAUACUGUCAGUCCUGGUGGCCAUCUAUUACAACGUCGUUCUGGCAUAUUCCCUUUAUUAUCUUGCCCAAUCUUUCCGCUCUGAGCUUCCAUGGGCAGGGUGCUUCGAGUGGUGGGGAGCGGACAGAGAAACUUGCUAUCUCCGCGAAGCGGGACUGGUUCACUGCUGGGAGGUACCCGACAUAUUGUCCGCGAACGUCACUGAAACGCCCGCCUCAGGAGAUGCUAUUUGGCUUGCUACUGCGUCCAGGACCAAUUUUUCCGUUCCGAAGGACCUCUACUACGCCGCAAUGGCCAACUGUACAAACGCCACACAAACUGCCUCGGAACAGUUCUGGGAAAAGUACGUGCUGCAUUUAUCCGCCAACAUCGACGAGGUUGGUUCGAUAAGAUGGGGACUAUGCCUCUGCUUAUUCAUAAGCUGGUUCCUCGUAUGUAUCUGCCUCAUCCGAGGAGUGACCUCGUCAGGGAAGGUUGUGUACUUUACGGCAACGUUUCCGUACGUCGUUCUCACGAUCCUGCUUAUCAAAGGAGUCACAUUGACUGGAUCCUUCGACGGAAUCAAGUACUUCUUGCUGCCAGACUUUCACAAGUUAGGGAACAUAAACGUAUGGCGAAAGGCUGCUGAACAAGCGUUCUAUUCGUUGAAUCUUUCCUGGGGUGUCAUUAUUAUGGUCGGGAGCUACAACCACUUCAGGAAUAAGGAUAUCUUUGUUGACACAGUGAUCGUCUUUGUCGCGGAUGUGCUCACCAGCUUGUUUGGUGGCAUCGCUAUUUUCUCCGUACUGGGCCACAUGUCCAUGGAGCUGGGAAUUCCUAUUGAAUCCGUUGCAAAAGCAGGACAAGGCUUAGCAUUCGUAGUCUAUCCAGAGGCCCUCGCAUCAUUUUGGUUUCCGCAAUUGUGGUCCGUCAUCUUCUUCUUUAUGCUCUUCAUCCUGGGCAUCGACAGCGAGUUUCCACUUCUGCAAACUGCGCUCACUGUGCUGUCAGACACAUUCCCAUGGCUCGAAAAUCACCGAGCUACGCUGUCGAUAGUGUCCUGCACUUUGUGCUUCCUCAUCGGGAUUACAAACGUUACCGACGGCGGCCAGUAUGUCCUCAAUCUGAUGGACACUUACAGCGCAGGCCUAUCUCUCAUAUUUAUCGGGUUUUGCGAAGUCACAGCUGUUAUGUGGAUUUACGGCGUGAACAACUUUUCAGAAGACAUGAACUUCAUGAUCGGAUCGAGUCCAUCUUUGCUCAUGAGGAUUUGCUGGGCUUACGUCAUUCCAGGUGUUCUAUUCGUGCUAACAUUCCACGGCUUUUUCCACGCCAUCCCGAUAACAUACAACAACACGGAUCCUUACCCAGAAUGGGCAAACAUCUUCGGCUGGUGCAUCGCUGCUUUGUCUAUGGUGCAAAUUCCUCUUUGGGCUAUCGUGGCUCUAUAUAACCGGCGAAAUAAUCUCAAAAGCGCAUUUCUACCAACUGAAGACUGGGGACCACGAGAUCCACAAGAUUUUCGCGAAUACCGUGCACUACGGUGGCCCCUCGAGAAGCCACCUCCACAAAGCCCUCCGGCCCCAAGUCCGACUAAAGUGUUGAAUGUCCCUCAUGAUGCCCCGGCUACCCCUCAUAAUGCCCCAGAUGCCCCUCAUAACGCCCCGAAUGCCCCUCAUAACAAACCGUGAUUGUUCGUUUGCGAAAAGCUAUCCAUUGCCUGUCCUUUCUGCCGUGCAGAAAGUCUAUACAUCAAAAUUGCUGACCAAAUUUCUUGAAAGCAGAACAGAGAAGUGUCCACACUAAUAAAAAUAGCGUACGUGAUAGUAA